CGGGCUGAGCUGAGCCGGGCUGAGCUGAGCCGGGCUGAGCCCGCGGGCGCCGCAUGGCGCGGGCCUGAUGCCGGAGCGCGGCCCGGAGCCGCGGCGGUGCUGCGGGAGGAGGAUGAGGAUGGCGGGGCUGCCGUGGAAGUGGCCGCGCACCCGCCUGCCCGUGGGCGCCAGCGCCCUGGGCGUCUUCGUCCUCUGCUGGCUCUACGUCUUCCCCGUGUACCGGCUGCCCGACGAGAAGGAGAUCGUGCAGGGGGUGCUGCUGCAGCAGGGCAAGGCGUGGAGGAGGAACCAGACUGCGGUCGCCCUGUUCAGGAAGCUGCUGGAAGAAUGCUGUGACCCCGGGCAGCUCUUUGCCAUGACAAAGCUGAACUCCCCGAUGGGAAAGAACCUCUGGUUCGACGGGGAAUUUUUAUAUUCUGUCACAAUCGACAAUGCAACUUACUCUCUCUUCCCACAGGCUACUCCCUUCCAGCUGCCAUUGAAGAAAUGCUCCGUGGUGGGAAACGGUGGGAUCCUGAAAAAGAGCGGCUGCGGCAAACAAAUAGAUCAAGCAGAUUUUGUCAUGCGGUGCAACCUUCCUCCUCUAUCCAGUGAAUACAGCAAGGACGUUGGAUCAAAAACCCAGCUGGUGACUGCAAAUCCAAGUAUAAUUCAGAAAAGGUUCCAGAAUCUGCUGUGGUCUCGAAAGGCGUUUGUGGACAGCGUGAAGGUGUAUAACCACAGCUACAUCUACAUGCCAGCCUUCUCCAUGAAGACAGGGACGGGACCCUCCCUACGUGUCUAUUACACCCUGGCGGACUUCGGUGCCAAGCAGACAGUUCUUUUUGCCAACCCCAAUUUCCUGCGUGACAUUGGCAAGUUCUGGAAGAGCAAAGGUAUCCAUGGCAAACGGCUUUCCACGGGACUCUUCCUAGUCAGUGCCGCCCUUGGUCUGUGUGAAGAAGUAACAAUUUAUGGCUUCUGGCCGUUCUCGGUGGACCUGCACGGGAGGUUUAUUAGCCAUCAUUACUAUGACAAUGUCUUGCCUGAUUCUGGAUUCCACGCCAUGCCGGAGGAAUUUCUACAGCUUUGGUUUCUUCAUAAAAGUGGUGUACUGAGAAUGCAGCUAGAACCAUGUGAGGACCCUUUAAUCCAGCCUUCUGCCUGAGGAUUGUAGGAGUCGGUUUGGAAGAUCCAGUAGUUUUUAAUUUCUGUGCUCUCCAACAGAGAGUUCUGACUUAUGUUGAUUGUUUUUAAAGGGAAAGUAAUUGUGGAUCUGCAUGGACCAUAAAAAUGUUACUUGAAGGCCAAAUGGAAUAUGUCCUUAAUGUUUAGUGCUUUAUGGAACUGGGAUGGGACGAAGUGUGUCUUUCCAUUGAGUCCAUUCAGCAGCAGUGUGAAAACGAUGUCAGAAGUAGCACAGCUGAACUUUCCGGGGACGUUUUUAAAUGACCGAUGUAAAAAGGGCAUUAAGGCUCGGGGAGACACAGGGCCACUCACAAGCUUUUGCUGACAGUGCCAAAUAUGACUGUCUGUUCAAAAAUCCAUUUCAUUCCAGAUCGGCACCCUGUUUAACUUACCUUUUUCCUUUUUUUCCCCCCUCUGUUUGUGUGUGUGCGUGUGUGUGUGUAGGAGAGCAUGUGUGUGUUGUUGACUUUCUUUGUUUCUUUUCCCUUUUUUGUCCUUUUUUUUUUUUUUUUUUUUUUUGUUUUCCCAAUGGAAGGAAAAGGAAAGGCUUAAAAGCUCCAAGAGCUGAGGACCAUCGGCUCCUCUGAAGACUCUUGGGAGAGUGAAAGUGCUAAGAAUCUAGUGAGAAGAAUGUCCUAGGAAUGCCCUGCUAGUGGGCAUGGAUAGACCUACUUGUUGUAGGUUUUAUCAGGAUAGUUUAGUUCAUUGCACUUACAGCUGUGCUAAUGUUGUACUGUGGGCAAGAGCUGGAUAAGGCAAAUUGGUCUGAAAAUAAGAUGUGUUACAAAACCAGUAGUGAAGUGCAGCCUGGUUUCAGAUGACCUGCUGCAAGAUUUCCACACUGACUUUUGUAGUAGGGAUGGUUCCUGACCUGUUUUACUGUCCAGCCUUAGGGAUUAAUUCUGUAUUCAUUUGCACUCCAGGUGUUUAUUGACUGUCGAGGGGAUUUGAGGGGUUCAGUGGAAUGCAGAAUGAGGUUCUUCAUUUGCUUACAGCAGGAAAAUUGCAGAAAUGAAUGUAAGUGUCAUUUAAAAUGAGUCGAAGCUUUGAAAAUCAUUUCUCUGUGUGUGACCAGCUCUUCUGCUCGGAUUGUUACGUUAGCCUUAAAGACUUGUACUUUUCGCGCAAGAUUGUCUCUGGUUAAAGAGAGUCUGAAAAAUAAAACAGCCUUUGGGAGCACUGAAAAGCUGCAUAGCUAGCAAGAAAAAAGGAGAAAAAGAGGAUGGCCUGCCCUUACAUAAGUCAGCCUCUCUCGUCGCAGUGGGUGAAUUAUGUCAGUGUGCGCAGUGCACACACGCUGCUCCAGCCUGCACAGCGCCUGAAGGACUGUUUUAUUUUGGGUUGUUACUUGGGCAGCAGAUGGUCCUGUGAUCGCCAUGUAAAUGAGAAAUCUUUUUGUUUGUUUGCUUUUGUUUAGCCCUGUAGGACAAGAAGAGAAUACCAGCUCAGUCCAUGGUGCAAUUUCAGCUGCAAGGUGUUAUCACCAUUAACUUAAAAAAAUCCAGAUCAGUGUUCUCUUUCUUAUCCCUCCAUCGUUAGUAGCUGAAAAUCUAGUCAAGGUGUUGAAACAACAAACCUCAUCAGGUUUCCCCAACAGCUUACUGUGCUGUUUUAGCUCCAAAGUGCCAGUAUUUUGGGGCAUAUGUCCUGUCAUAUGUUGAUAAUGCCUCUCCUUGUAGACUACCAGCUGCAAGUUAUAUAGACAUAAUUAAAAAAAAAAAAAAAAGACAAAAUCCAUGGCUCUUCUUUAAAUAUGAAUAAUUUGACUAUCGAUAUAGGAGACUGGGGGGAAAAAAAAUCAUGUUUUGCUUUUUAAAGCUAUGUUUCAUAAUAAAAUUGGAAUAUGGAUAUUCCAAGCAUAAAACGGGCACUGUUUCAUAGGAUUACAGGGCAAUGCUAAAGGGUAACGUGGAGAUUUAGAUUAAAUAGUGUUCUAGAUAUUGUUCUGAUAAAAUCUGAAUGUACCUUUAUAGCCCAUGUUAUCUUUGUCCAUGUUUUUGUUAAAAGUACAGUCAAAGCACUGAUGGAACAUCACUUGAUAAUUCAUUCCCUUUUGUUAUGUUUGUUUUAUCUUUGAUGUGGGUACUUGGUGAAGAAGGAUUUGAAAGUAAAUUAUUUUCCUUACUGCUUGUUAUGGCAGAAUUUUACUGAGCUGCCUUUCUUGGAGAAGAAGAGGUGCCUGUAUGGUUUUUAUUGUACACAUCAAGUUUUGCACUUUUUAUUGCUUUAUAGAUGAGAUGAUCUGUGAGAACAACUGUUGAAAUAUGGUGUGCUAAAAUGGCACUUCAGCAGGAUGCCAGCAUUCCUCAGAGGUGGCAGGGAACGAGUAGAGUAGGGGGGAACUGCCUCUUUGCUGGUCAUUUUUUGGUAUUUUUAUCAAUACUUAGGAAUUCAGUUCUGAAACUCUCUGCCAAUUCUCCAGCCUUUUGGUAAUCCUUUUUUCCAUGCCUUGAGAAAAUAAUUGGAUUAGAAGAACAAGGGAAAAACAUGUAUUCUUUUAGGAAAAUUCUGUCCAAUGUUUCAUAAUAUCUGGCUUGUUCAUGAUGAACCAGUGUCCUGGGUAUCUGAAGAUGUUAUAUUCCACAAUUCUGUAAGACUGAAUCUGUAGACUGUGGUCUUUGUGAGUCCCUGUCUGCAGUCCUGAUGUUUGCAAGGAGAUAGCUUCCUAGAAAUUAUGGGAACAGGAGAGACCCAGGGUGUGUGUGAUGUGUGACUGCUGUUGGAGAAAUUGAUAAUUCUGGUUCUAUUCACAUGUAUGUAUAGUGAAUAUAACUGCAUCUUACAAAGGCAACCACCUUUGAUGAGGAAGUAAAGGAUUCAAGGGUAUAUAUUUUUCUAUUACUUCCAGAAACUGGAAGUUGAGGAAAUAAGAUAAAUAAAUGCCCCUAUUGAGAGAGCAAAAUCUGCUUUAGCUGGCUGACUUGUCAGUCUGUGGAAACACUGGCAGCAAUCAGGCUUUUGCCCAGCGAAUAAAAAGGGAUGCAGGAGAGCACUGCAAGUCUUUCAUGGCAAGAGCAGCCAAAAAAGACAAAACCAAGCAGCUGUGAACAUGAGUGGCUACUACCUGACAGAAAUGCUGAAGCAAAUAUGCUCCAUUCAUGCCGGGUGUGAGGCUUGUCUUGCCUAAAUCUAGGAGGAGGGCAAUCCAUGUGUGGGAUCAUUGAUGUGAAAUAUGGCAUUGCAUGCAGGAGUGUAAAGAUGUGGCCGCCUUCAAGAGGGAGGUCACGCCAUGGAAUAGGACCAUGGUUCUGUUUAAGGAUAGGCACAAGCAAAUCCAGGAGGAUAACUGUUAAGUGUGAACCAUGAGGAAUCAACAUCUCACAGUCAUGGCAAACUUUGGUGCGAGGGAUUGUAUCCAUCCAGCAUUUACCUGUCAGUUGAUUCCAGUCUAUUGAUGGCAGUGUCCUUAAUCAAAUCUUACUGCUUGUGUUGCUGUAUUUUCUUUGAAGUAAAUUGGAAUCUUAAUGUUCACUUUGUUAGUGAAAUUCUCUACUUUAGUGUCUCUGUUUCCGCUGUCAGUCCCCGAAUUUCUCUGAUAGUGUAGCUAAAGCUGCACAAAUGUUUGCCAGGUUGAAAGCUACUGCAAUUCAUCUUCAAUAAAAACUAAUUCAGACUGGCCAAGUGAUUUGCUAAUGUUCCUACAUAUUAAUUUUGUCAUAGAGCUGACAAGAGACAGAAGUGCUAGAGUCUUUGCUCCACCUGCAUAGGAAGCAUUGCCUCACAUUUAUGAGUAGAAUAAAUUAAAUACCUUUAUAAGAGCUGUACAUGGAAGAUAGCUGGUACUGAAAUUGCUCUAGAUGCAAUAUUUUUGGGGCUGUGUAUGUUUUUGAGUAAAUCAAGAUCAGUUUUUGAACUUGCAACAAAACUAUGUAAAACUUUUCCUUCUUGUUUAUUAUGAAGCCUUUGGAUCUCCUUCUGAAACAGACAAGCAAACAGAAACCAGCAAAUUAAAUCAUAGAGAAAAUGUGCAUGUGUUCAUGAGAAUAAAAAAUCUAUAAUUUUGCCACAAACCUUGCUACAGUGCUAAGGACUCCUGUUCAUGAACAUCGUAUUUUUGCUGAAGUGAAGGGACCAAGUUUGGGGUGAACCAGCUACUAAAGACAUAGGACUAAGCCUUUGUUACAGCUUAAGUUUUAUAGAAUAUAGAAAUAUUGGCUGUUUUUUUGACUUGACUGCUUUUGUCUUUUUGUUAGUUUCCUCAGAAUGAUGUUGUAAGAUACACUGCUGAGUUAGCACCUCAGUGAGAGCUGAAACUAAGUAAAGCAUCUGCUUUUUUAAACUCCAUGUCCUGGACUGUGGUAGUUAUGUAAAACCCUUCCUUUAUACAUCUUCAAGAAAACUAGCUUAAGAUCUGGCUCACCCUUGCCUGCAAUUAAUAAGGAGUGAGGAAACUUUUGAUCUAGAAGUGAGGAUAUUGGAGGAGGUGAAUGGUGUCUCGCCAUUUGCUGCCUGCUCUGACUUCUUCAGCUUGAUGGUUUAGUAAGUAUAGGAAGAAGUCCAGGUUAUAUGAAGGACAGGUAGUUCUUGAAGAGUUGGAUGCUGACAGAAAAAAAAGGAGGAUCAAAUUAGUGGUGAAAGAAAUUGGAGUGUAUCAGUUCUUUAUGAAGAUCCUCAGUGCUUAGCAACUGUAGGACAUUUUCAUCUGGCAGUGUCUGUGAAAAAGGGACUCCCUGGGGCUUACUGAUGCUUUUCUGCAGAAUGGCAGCAAAGCAAAAUGCAAUGAGGAGGGGAAGCUGAUUAAACAGAAGAGGAAAUACAGUGGAACAAAGAAUGAUGAUGAAGAAUCUGUCUUUCCCUACUCUCCUGCCUCUCUCCCUAAACACAUAUAUUAAAUGGACUAACCAGCUAUUAUCUUUAGUCACUGUGUUUUUAAUGAAAUGGUAUGGUGAAGUUUCCAUUUGCUGAUACUUCCAAGUUAGCAAAAUUCAUUGUCCAGAAAUGCCUAUUCCCCAUCUCCAUGGCUGUUUGAGGGAAGUUCUUAGUGCUGUGACUGUCCUGGUGUGCUGUGACCUUCCUAAUGGGACUUGCUCCUAUUGUCACGUGGUUCCAUCAGAUUUCCUUCUGGAAUCAUCUGGACUUGUGUUUUGCCUCAAGACAUUUUCCUGAAGGAUCUCUGCUCUAUUCUUCCUGAUGACCAUUCACCUUGGAGAUAGAACUGGGAUUUAAAAAAGUCAACCGUAAGGUAGCUAAUACACUUUGUCAUUUGAACCAUCUUUUCUUCUAAAGUGUUGGUAAAUCCAACAACACUUAGCUUCAAAUGGAAUACUAUUUCUUUUAGUUAUUGGUAAUUCCAUCAUUGGAGAAGAGAAAGAGGAUGGACAAAGGAUGCAUUUUUCAAAGUGGUGGUUGUAAAAUAACAUCUAUUUCCUUGAAUUCCCAUAUUCUGUCUCUUGGAAUCUAUCAUAUAUUUGACUUUUUGUAGUUUUUUAACAGAACAAUUAGUAAAAGACUUAGUGGUCUCUUUGUUGAAUAUUAGCAAACUCAUUUUCCUAAGUGUAAUGCAAAUACCCCACAGGAGGCUUAACCUGUCCUCCCUAGCUGAUAUUUCUUUGGCAGCAAUGAGAACUUAAACAGCUACUCAUUCCUCCCUGGUUAUUCAUUUUCAUCAGUUUUUAUUACAGCAGGUUGAGCCCUAGUGUAUUCAGCUUCUUCAGCUUAAUGCAUAUACUUUAAAAUGAAUCACCCUCUGUCUUCUCAGCUGUUACUAAAAAGAAAAAAAAAAAGAAAAAGAAGUGCUGCUAAUUGAAAAUGGUUGGGUAGGUUCUCAACAAUCAGGAGAGACAGGCACCACCAGAUUCAGGAUUUUUCUGACCAUUUUGAGGUCUCUGCAGGACUGUGAAAAUACUCCAGCUGUGUCUGUAGGGUUAAGCUGUGCAGGGCAGAGCAGAAGUUUGAGCCUUUUCCCUGGUAGUGGUUUGUUUGGCUGUGACCACUCUGCUGUGGCUUUGCCCAGGACCCACCGGUGCUGCCCUGACCGGGGCUCAGGACCAGGGGAUGCAGUUCAGUGACCAGCUCCUGGAUUGCAGACCAGAUCCCAGAUAAUUACCCAUGGUGUGUUUAGCCCUCUCCUGCUCCACAGUCAGAAGUGCUGGCCUUAGUGGAAAUGAUGGCAGCUCAUCCCGUUGGAGACCAACCUGAUCCUUGCACUGAAACACUUUAAAUCCCUGGCAAGUCUCAGAAGAGCCUAUUAAAACUGCAUCUUAAAUUAAUGUAUGAGUAGUCCCUGCUGCUGUGGAGUGGGUCAGCUUUCUGCUGAGCUGAAUGUUUAUCCUAUUUGGAACCCUCCAAGGCAAGUGAACCUUUAGCACUCAGACCACCUGGAAUAUAUUUGAUGCCUUCACCUUCCAGUUUAACCCCCCUUUUUUUUUCUUUUAGACUGGAUUUAACUACUGUGAGUGAAUCCAGAGUGAGUUUAUGAAAGCAGCACCAGCAGUAAUUGAUCUCUGGGUUUAUGAAUAAGCUGGUGUUCAAUAAAACACUAAAGUACCUUUUGGAUGGUUCCUGCUGAUUUCUAAUUGUAUAUUCAAUGAAUUGUUUUGCUCAGAUGGGGCCCAUAGCAAAGAUGAGUUGCAUCAUUUUCUGUUUAUUGGAAGGGAGCAAUUACAGAUGCACAAUAUAUUUUAAGCUAAAUUCUUAUGAACAAGGUAAGGCAUUUACAUAUUCUGCAGGAAGCUUCGUUAUUAUGUGAUUAUCUUGAUAGGAAAGGAAAAAAUUUCACUGAAAAUAAAUGCGCAGAGGAAAAGCACUUUUGAUUAGAACAGCAUAAUCUGGAGUACUGAGACCCAGAUUUGAGUCUCUACUCAGAUGUCUCCAACCAGGAUCUUGCUGUCCUGAAGAAGUGCCGUAAUCACAAUUUCUUUUUCUUCUGUGCAUGUAUUUUUGUAGAAAAUGCUUGAACACUUUUUUUUUUUUUAUAAUCCGUACAUGCGCUGAAAGCAAACAGUCCCUCUUCAGGAGCGCAAGUUUUCCUUUUGGGUACCCAGAGCAUUUAGUAUGCAGAGCAAAACCUACAGAAGAUGUCCAGUUUUCAGGAAGAUGCUGUUUUGGAGUAGUCUGGCAGGACUCCUGCGGACUCAUGAGUUGAUUGCUGCCUCUUGAGCUGUAGAGGUCGAGCAGCUGAUACAGAGUGUGCUGCACUGACAGUGAAAAAAGGUAUUGUAGCUGCAGCUCUGACUGCUUGAUGUCUCCUUUAUGCAGAGGGGUAUUUCUUUGUUCUGUGAGGGCUCUUCAAGCGUGGAUUUUGAUCCUGCAGAUCAUGGGCUGACUAGCUUUAAAGGCCUGGACUUUGUACUGAAAAUUGCAAUGAGCAUGGAAAUGCCUGGAAAUGAUGUCCUUUAGUGUGUCGUUUGGCCACGCUGCAUGGUUUGGCCUUUUACAAAACAGACCUCUCCGUAUCCAAAAGCCAUUUUAUCUGAGUAUGUGACUUGUAUAUGUGAGGAGGUCACUGGAAGGUGAAUGCCUGAUGCUGCAUAGAGCAAGGACUUCCAAAAAACGCUGUGGUUUUAUUUAUAUCAAUAAUGAAAUCCCCAUUGAGCCAAUAUUGGAUCAAGUCAGCUUUCAGUGCUCUUGAAACUCCCACAUCGUAAGCAUUUCCAAGAAUUGCUCAUGCACAGACAGAAACAGUAGAUUUUUUUUUGUUGUUCAUGCACAUCACCUUGCAUUGAAAACAGAAGGAAGUGUCAAUCAGAGAUCUUACCCUUUUCAGACGCCUCUGUAGGCUACCUAAAUAAUUUAUAGGCACACAGUUACAUAAACAAAAUAGCUGAUAGCCUGAAGUUUAUAGCUCAAAUGCUGGUAUGUAUCUUGAAGAAUUACUUUCAAAUCAUUUAGUGGGAAAAAAAUUACACAAAUAUUACAUGUGAAAAAGAUUCUUUUUUUUUUCUUUUGUUCUCCUAAAAUGAUGAACAGUAUUUUCUCCUAAAAUAACUGAACAAACUAUGUUAGAGUUAUGCAAGAGUUUUCCCUGGGUUUCAAGUUAUUCUGCACCUCUAGCUUUGUAUUCAAGUCCACACUUCUGCAAAGCUGUCUAAAUAGAAAGUCCCGAUCUGGAAAUUUAGACUACUCUCUGUGGUGUCCUUAGAUAAGAAAGUAAACGUUAUACUCUAAAUUUAGUCAAA